GUUCCAUGCUAUCGUAGUGCACUUGAGGGCGCUUUAGUCCAGUAGGCCCAUUGCACGUCUUUCACGUCAGCCCCCCAUAUAGGCCUAUGCCUCCAAAUUUGAGAGUGACAGUGACCGACAGUGAUGACGACACCGACACUGCCAGCAUCUAUUGAUCUAUUCAGAACUGCAAAAGACAUAACUGGGUCAGAUCCUAUGACAUCCUCACAGUGUUGACCAAGGAUGAGCAGUUCCCAUGCCACUCAUACGUUUCCAUGAGAACCACGGGGUCAACAUUGAACUCAGGCAUGACAACCAGGUGGCCCGGCGUUCUGCAAGCUUUGCUAAUGCCAUUACCUUCAGUGACCGGCCCCUACGGCCCGGGGAGCUCUUCCUGGUGGAAGUGGAAGAACAUGAGCCAGGCUGGAGUGGCCAUCUCCGUUGUGGCCUGACCCAGCACCACCCAGCCUCUCUCAAAGCCAGCUGGCCCAGGGACCGACCCUCCAACCGCCUGGCCCUGGAUUCGCAUCCUCAGGGCCAGGUGGCGCGGGCUAGUUCAGCGCCUGUGCCGCUGACCAUCCCCCAGUACUCCAUGCCUGACCUGACCAAUAUGGGCAAGUCCUGGAUCUUCGCCAUCACCAAGCACCACAACAGGGUGCCGGAUGAACAGCUCAACCUUCCGGAGAUGGAGGCCCGGGCCAGGAACGAGUUCAUCAAGGACGGCGUCGACUUCCUGAAGAUCGGAUGCUCAGAGAUCCCCAAGCACUUUUUGGUACAGGACUUCAUAGCCCUUGAUCAAGAGGCCAGCUGGAUCUCAGGCCAGCAGCAGUACUUUGCGACGUCAGUCGGGAGCAGAAUAGCUGUCACCUACCAAAUACACGGGGACAGAGUGUACAUGCAUUUCAUUAUCAACGGAGAGGACCAAGGAGCAUCACUAAUGGAGGAUGCAAAAUUGGACAGUCCAUUCUAUGGCAUUGUAGAUGUCUAUGGGACAACUAAACAAGUCAAGAUUGUACAGCUUAUCUAUGUUCCAAGCCUACAGGAGUGUUGUCGUGUUUCCAUCCGGGCCAUGACGUCUGAAGCCCACCUUCAGGAGUUGCCCCUGCCCAACAAACUCAAGAGAUACCUCCAGUACAAACUCUGACGAGGGCAUAGUCAUUCUGUGAUGAGUGAGAUAAAGAGGCCCAACGUACCAUGGACAUGUAUGGUGUGGAGGCUGUACAAUUUGGAGAAUGUGUAAAUCCCCUUGAACUGGGGUGCCUUUUCUUUCUCACAAGUGCUGUUCAGUCCAUUUCACAUGCAGGAAAUAUUGCCAAGUGUUGGUAACAUUCAACCCAGCACCCACUAGAUGUGGGCAACCUUCAUAUGUAUAGCAUAGCCAAAAAAAAGGUUGAGCUGAUCUCUAGCUAUGGGCCUCGAGCUGGACCAAGAGAGGGCGCUAGUUUCUCAGCAAUGGCGGCUCCUUUGGUCCAAAUUGAACUUUGCUGGUUCAGGAAUGACUAGGAAAGGCACACAUCACGGUUGCAUAACUAUCGACAUAUUGAGCACUCCCGACCAACGCGACUCUUUCAACCAAUGAGGGGGUGCUUCUGCUUGAGACGGAUAGCAGUCUCAACCUUAUGUAGAAUUUACAUGAGAGUUUCCACAGCUGUGCCGUACUCUGGGAUGUCACCUCUUCUGAUAUUUAACCCCUUUGUGAAAACAAACAAGUGUUUGCUUUGAGAUGAGCCGUUGGUUGAAGGGUUCCUUAUUUGAAGUCCUGUGCUUAAAUUGUCUUCAGGAAAAACAUGGCAACACCUGGUGGUUUUUAACAGUAAAAAUGAAAAAAAAAGAAGCUAGGCUGAUUUUUUUUAAUGCUUAUGUACUUGUUGCAAGUUAAAGUUGAGAUUAGAAAAACAGUGGAGAAAUGGACUAAGUUUAUCCAUAUUGCUGUGUACUGCUAAAAAUUUGAAGAAAUUCAAGACGUUCUGAGCUAGAAUUGUUGAACUUCGCACAGCAAUGGCUUUUAUUUGCUGUGUGUGCAUAUUUAUACUCUGAAAAGAAUCGCAGUGGAUCAUAACUCAAACUUCUACUGCAUCCAGAUGUAGGUUUGGUUUCUUACAGUCACUAUACAAAACCAAACAUUUCAGUUUGGGAAUCAUACUAAUUUUAUGCACUGUUCAUUAGCAGUUACUCCUUGAAACAACAUUGAUGUGCGUCUGUUGAUUUUUCACGCCAUAUUUACUUUGUUGUAAGCAUGUAUGUUAUGGCUUUGUCUAUUCUACUGCGGCAGGAGAUCGAACACAGAACUAAACAACUUUCUGUCCAUUUAUCAAACCUUACAUCCGAUUCUGACUGGUCUCAUGUUCAUUUGAAAUAUUUUCUUUGAAAAUGUACGACUGACCCCAGUGAGCUGAAAUUGUUAGAAAGUAUUGCCGUCCACACAUUUCUUUACUGUACAAAAGUGUGAAAACUUGGUCUUGGUUGAAUGUACACAAUGUACAUGGGACAACAUAUUUUUCUGUUCAUAUGUGCGAUAAGAUUUGGCUCUGAAUUUGUAGACUGAAACUCGAUAAACUUUCACAUGAUUUGAAGCUAAGCACCUGCUAAUGCCAGCAUCAGCACACUGAACACAGUGGUUAACAGUGGAUACAAAGAUAUAUACCAGACUGUUCUGGAACUGAAGGUCGAUGGCUGUGUGUAUGCAGUCAAAGGUGGAUUUAGAAUCCAAUUUUUUCUGGGGGUGGGGGGGAUUUUGAGGUUUUACAAAAAUUAAGUAACUUUUGUGGUCAUUUUAAUUGGAUGAGGCUAAAUUUGGGGGCUUAUUAUGCAUUAGGGGAGAAAAAGAAAUGAAAAAUUCUAACGAUAAUCCCUUUUCAUAAAAAAAACAAACUUCUUGAGAGGGGAGAUCUGCCAUUGAGUGCACUAUAGUACUCGUAUUUACAUCUGGGGAAUUUAUUUGUAUCAUUGUACCUGAUUAAUUGGUAAGCACACAGUGCACUUGUGACGAUAGUCCAGCAAUUUUACCAUCUGACCGAACUGAAAUUGAAACAUGAACUUGACUUCUUUCAGUGGUUUUGUUUUUUUCAUUUAUUUAUUUUUUAAUAGGAAUAUGUAUCCCCGUUCAGUGUACUGCACCGCUUCAUUUCAAAUGUCAUUUCACUUUAAAACAAUAUACUUAACUGUGUACACGUAUGUGUGCAUUCAGGAAACAUACAUUAAUACUUGUGUGUGAAAGAGCCCAACAAUUUCAGAGAUUGUACACUAACUGCUGUAUGAGUCACACACCUAUUAUGAGGCAUUGUGUUCAGCGGAUUGUUCUUUAUUUGAAAUUAACAGAAACUAAUCAUUGUGUACACAGUGCAAAUAAAUCCGUGCCCAUUGUUUACUGAUGGGCAGUACAUGGCUGUCA